AAAUCCCCCAUUUAUCAGGCAGUUUGCAUUUUCUCUUUAAAGAGAAGGUCUGGUCAUCUUCAUGGCUGCAAUCUUGGCUCGCAACUCUCUCAACUCUCUGCGUGCUAGGCACCUGGCUGUAACAGGGCAGACAGUGCAGGGUUCAUGGCACUAUGGUUUGCGAUCCAGUGCAAAUCCAUAUUCCACUAAGAAAGAUGAUGAAGAAAGAGAGCAACUUGCAAAGGAGAUUUCAAAGGAUUGGAGUUCUGUUUUUGAGCGAAGUAUAAACACAUUAUUCCUCACUGAAAUGGUUAGGGGUCUCAUGCUGACGCUCAAGUACUUCUUUGAGAAAAAAGUCACUAUUAACUAUCCAUUUGAGAAGGGCCCUUUGAGCCCUCGUUUCCGUGGGGAACAUGCUCUCCGACGAUAUCCAACUGGGGAGGAACGUUGCAUUGCCUGCAAACUUUGUGAAGCUAUAUGCCCAGCACAAGCAAUCACAAUAGAGGCUGAGGAGCGAGAAGACGGAAGUCGUAGGACGACCAGGUAUGAUAUUGAUAUGACCAAGUGUAUCUACUGUGGAUUCUGUCAAGAGGCAUGUCCUGUUGAUGCAAUUGUUGAAGGACCUAACUUUGAAUUUGCAACUGAGACUCAUGAGGAGCUGCUGUAUGACAAAGAGAAGCUGCUUGAGAAUGGAGACCGUUGGGAAACUGAGAUUGCAGAGAACCUCAGAUCCGAAAGUCUAUAUCGCUGAUGUUACCCCCAGUUUCUCAUUGUGCAUAAAUUUUCCGUUCUGGUGUUAGUGAAACAAUAAAUUGACCAGCAGACUGUGCUGAAGACUCUUUAUACUGUUCUGCGUUGUGAUUCAGCAACGUUUUGUACUAAAUUUUUUUUCUUGUACGCAAGUUAUGUAGGAUCUCAUACACUCCCCAAACAUUUAUUUACGCUUAAGAAUUAUUAUUAUU